GGGGAGAAUUGUAUUGUAUAGACUGAAAAGGGCAGUAUUAUCAUUAUACAAUAACUAGUCAAGGCUCUGGAUAUGAAAUAUAUGUAUCACAACACUUUGUUCAAAAUGUAAUUAUCAAAAUUCACUUCAAAGUAAAAUCGUUUGAAUGGAUUCCAAUUUUGACACAAGCCCUACAAAAAUACAAAUUAUUUUCAAAUUCAAUUUUUAUGCGUGAUGUACAAGACAACAAAGUGUUGAUCCAUAAUAGUUUGAUAUCUAACUAAAGUUGAGAUGUGAAAUGUGUUUGUGAAAUGAUACAUAUCAAUACAGCUUACCUUAGAAUUGGUGUCUUUGAGUUGGAUGUCACUAUGAACAGAUGCAUUGGUUAAUCAUAUCCCAGAACAUGGCCCAUGGCAACAAGCUUGUUGAAACCUUGUUGCUUAAACAAUAGGGAUUGUCAAAACACAGCAUACAUCAUAUGAGAUAAGUGCUAUGACAAAGCAGCAGCAUGAAGCUAAAUAUUGUUUGUUUCUAGUGUGUCUCAAGGCACAAUGAUUUUUCUAUUUGCUCUUUGACGCUGCACUCAGCAAUAUUCUAGCAAUAUGACAGCAGUCUGUCAUUAAUUGAGUCUGGACCAGACAUCAUGAGCAUCGAUGUAUUCAAUUUGGAUAUUCUGCCCACCCGAUCCCAUUACUUGCCACUUAUGACAAGCAUGGGUUGCUGAAGGCUAUUCUAACCCGGAUCUUGACAGGUUGACACUCAUGAAGAUGUUAAGGUGUACGCUUUGGGAUGUAGUGUCACCUGAAGAUCCGGGGUAAAAUAGAUCUUCAGCAGCCCAUGCUUGUUGUAAAAAGCAACUAUGCUAUACUAGUCUUAAGAGGCAACUAAUGGGAUAUUGUGGUCAGACUCGCUGACUUGGUUGAUGCAUGUGUAGAAAUAUUGAAAUUUCCUCUGAUUAUGUAGGAUAGAUGGUAGCAUUUACGUGGUUAAUAGCUCCUUACCGAUAUGUAGUUCGCUUGGGACAGCGCGUUUCAGAUCUUGCCCCACGUGCGGGCACGUGCGUUUGUCGGCUGCAUGCCGAUUUAGUGUUUACAGUCGUGGGUCGUAUGGUAAGAGCGCUCCGAUUGGUUGGUGACAGACUGGAUUAGCCAGUGGCUGCACUGUUUAGACGUGUUGACCCAGAGGUUACGUGUCCUUGCGAGUAUAUAAGAGAUAGGCGCGAAUGCUCUCAUUGUCUUGCAUGAUUGGGAAGAUCAUUACAGAUGAGGGAGACCACACCAAAUUACCGUGUUCGGAGGACGAACAAUUCCCCAAUCCCUAGUGAUUUUAGGCAAUAAAGAUCUAAAUUCUGUGGCAACUUUAGAAUUAUUGGGUAAAUUGUUAGAAAGCUGGGUUGGACGGGUGGAUUUAAGCAGGAAAUAAUGUCAGCUAUGUGAUGUAGCUACAUUGACCGAUCGUGUUCGGAGGUCGAACAUUUCCCCAAUCCCUAGUGAUUUUAGGCAAUAAAGAUCUAAAUUCUGUGGCAACUUUAGAAUUACUGGGUAAAUUGUUAGAAAGCUGGGUUGGACGGGUGGAUUUAAGCAGGAAAUAAUGUCAGCUAUGUGAUGUAGCUACAUAGACCAAUUGUGUUUGGAGGUUUGAAAGGGUGGUUUGUUUUCAUAGACUGUGUUAAGGAUGUUGUAGGGAUUAAAGUGGGUUAGUGAGGGGUUUGCUUUAGGCUGCUUUUGAGUUUUAUUUUGAGGGUAUAAGUAGGAUUUUUGAUUAGGAUUGAUUGAUUGAUUGAUUGAUUUGUAAUUGUUGUUGAGUUCGUAUUUAUAUUUUGAUACAGUUGGUUUUUUUUCGUUUUGUUUAUUUUUCUGUAAUAAACCUUUGAAACUUGAUUAUAUUUUGUUGUGAAUCACCUCCCUACAUCCAACGAACUGAGGUUAUAAAGGACAGACAGAGGGACCAUAGACACUUUAUUUUAGUAUUUUCGGCAUUAAUAUCUUCAGAAUAAAAGAAACACAACGCAAAGUCAUGGUGUCUUAAAGUGGCCAAAGUCUGUCCUGUUACAUUUUUGGUGCCGAGACCAGGAUGUAGUGGUAUUGGUGAUUUAUACUGAAAUUAAUUAAUUGAAAUUAAAUUAGGGAUAUUAGUUUAAAAAGGAUAGUUUGUUAAAAUGAAUGCAAGUGAACAGGGUUUUGACUUGUUUAACUUCAGUUUCUUGUCACCUCCCUCUGAAGAUAGUUUUCAUGGUCUUCCAUCUAGACCAGGAGUAUUUACUUCUACCCCUAGACCGAGUGGAUUUACACCAGGGUCGCAAACAUUGAUAGAUGUAGGGAUGAAUGCAUCCAGUGCAAACAUGUUCCCACAAUCAAACUCAGGUUAUCCCUCUUUUUGGGACCAGAAUGUGAUUAUACCUAGGGAUGUGAGUACUCAAGCAGUAGACCACAGCAGAAGGUCUGUUAGAUUUGAUAUACCAGUAGAUGUUAGUGAGGGUGAUAGGUUACCAUAUAGAGUUAACCCCAUUGUAGGAGGAAGCAUUUAUCCUUCUUCACAGAGCAAUCGACAAGUAGAUAGGUUGGAUAGCACACUCUGUUCUGAUUUCAGAGGAAGACAUGGUAGGCCCAGAGAAGGAACCUCCUCACGUUUUCUUUCUGAUGGCAAUGAAAGAAUACCCAGCAGAAAUUUUAAAAUGACUAGAAGGGAAAAACAACCUGACACUUUCGAUGGUAAAACUAGUGACUGGCAGGAUUACAUGGUGCAUUUUGAGCAGGUCACCAACUGGAAUGGUUGGAAUGAGCAGGAGAAGGCUCAACAGCUCUCAAUGAGUUUACGGGGGGCAGCUCAAAAGAUGCUAAGCAGUUUAACCUUUGGGCAGUUGGGUGAUUAUAAUGCCAUCAGAAAUGUCCUUCAACAAAGGUUUAAUCCCAGGGAAAGGAGUGUUGCCUAUCGAUGUGAGUUUCGAAACAGGAGGCAAGAAAAAGAUGAAUCAGUCACUGAUUAUGGUUAUCAAUUGCGUAGGCUAGCCCUUUUGGCUUACCCGGAAGUGCCAUACAUGGCUCUAGAGAUGCAGAUCAUAGACCAAUUUGUCAAUGGGCUAACCUCAUUUGAAAUGAAAAAGAAAGUGACCUUUAGCCAUCCACACACUCUGGAUGAGGCCAUUUCUUCCGCACUAGAAUACGAAGCAAUGGAAGGCAAUAGGGCUAGAAAACCUGUAGAAGGGAAAGUUAGUGUUGUUCAAAGCUCACCUGAUCAAGAACAUAGGGAAAAAAGGAACAGUGAGGUAGGACUAGGUGACAUUUUGAAACUGAUAGAAGAGAAGUUUAAAACUCUCGAGGGUUCGAAUGGUCAGUCUAGGCUCAGACAAAAAGGUUGUUUCUAUUGUCAGGAGAAAGACCACUUUAGGGACUAUUGUCCAAAACUGCUGGCGAAAUUAACUAAGAACUUAGCACUAACAGAGCAGACCGAAGGUAGAUCGGAAAACAUAUAGAGGCUGAAGUAGAGGCCGUUGCUUCAGCCACUUGUCAGUCGAUAAAGAGGCCAUGUGCUGAGUUAGAGGUUGUGAGCCAAGUGGAGCAAGUUCCACUCCUACCAAAUAUUAGUAUUACAACAGAAGUUUCUUCAGUUGAUCAGGAAAAAGUACCUAUUAGUCUUCGGAAUGUGCAGGGCGAUCCUAAUUGCCUGUAUAUGGAUAUCCUUUUGAACAAAGGCUAUUGUAGUACUUUGAUUGAUACAGGUUCACCUAUUUCUCUACUUUCUCAUGCUGACUUUAGAAGGUUGGGGUUCGGGGACUCGUUGCUCGUCCAAACGAACAUCAACCUCACUACUGCUAAUGGAAAGGAUAUAGAUGUCAAGGGGCAGUUUAUGGUUCAGUUUAGCUCGGGACGUUCAAGUUUUGAACAGAGUUUUGUGGUUGCUGACCUUGACAAGUUAUCUGGAAUCCUGGGCAUGGGCUUUUUGGAGAAAUAUAGGGGAGAAAUCAAAAUUGUUAAGCAGGAAUUGAAAACCUGCAAAGGCAAGAUUAAACUGCACAAACUGAAGACUUACAACUGUUCGCGAGUUAGAGUGACAGAAAGAACCAAAAUCCCAGCCCAUUCCGAGAAAAUGAUAUUUUGUAAAGCUGAUACCGGUGUAAUUGAACCUAAUAAGUACUGGCGGAAUAAGGGUCUUUUUGUCGCAAGGAGUUUGGUUCGGUCAGACAGAGAGCACUUGGUGAUAUCGGUACUGAAUUUUAGUGGAAAAGGGGUGAACUUGGAACCAGAUGGUGAAGACGGCCAUCCCGGGUCCCAGAUCCAAAGAGCUUCUAAGGGAUCUGGAAUCAAUACAGGUGACCUGAAAGUUUGACCUGAUAGUUUGACAGGGGAGAAUUGUAUUGUAUAGACUGAAAAGGGCAGUAUUAUCAUUAUACAAUAACUAGUCAAGGCUCUGGAUAUGAAAUAUAUGUAUCACAACACUUUGUUCAAAAUGUAAUUAUCAAAAUUCACUUCAAAGUAAAAUCGUUUGAAUGGAUUCCAAUUUUGACACAAGCCCUACAAAAAUACAAAUUAUUUUCAAAUUCAAUUUUUAUGCGUGAUGUUCAAGACAACAAAGUGUUGAUCCAUAAUAGUUUGAUAUCUAACUAAAGUUGAGAUGUGAAAUGUGUUUGUGAAAUGAUACAUAUCAAUACAGCUUACCUUAGAAUUGGUGUCUUUGAGUUGGAUGUCACUAUGAACAGAUGCAUUGGUUAAUCAUAUCCCAGAACAUGGCCCAUGGCAACAAGCUUGUUGAAACCUUGUUGCUUAAACAAUAGGGAUUGUCAAAACACAGCAUACAUCAUAUGAGAUAAGUGCUAUGACAAAGCAGCAGCAUGAAGCUAAAUAUUGUUUGUUUCUAGUGUGUCUCAAGGCACAAUGAUUUUUCUAUUUGCUCUUUGACGCUGCACUCAGCAAUAUUCUAGCAAUAUGACAGCAGUCUGUCAUUAAUUGAGUCUGGACCAGACAUCAUGAGCAUCGAUGUAUUCAAUUUGGAUAUUCUGCCCACCCGAUCCCAUUACUUGCCACUUAUGACAAGCAUGGGUUGCUGAAGGCUAUUCUAACCCGGAUCUUGACAGGUUGACACUCAUGAAGAUGUUAAGGUGUACGCUUUGGGAUGUAGUGUCACCUGAAGAUCCGGGGUAAAAUAGAUCUUCAGCAGCCCCUUGCUUGUUGUAAAAAGCGACUAUGCUAUACUAGUCUUAAGAGGCAAUUAAUGGGAUAUUGUGGUCAGACUCGCUGACUUGGUUGAUGCAUGUGUAGAAAUAUUGAAAUUUCCUCUGAUUAUGUAGGAUAGAUGGUAGCAUUUACGUGGUUAAUAGCUCCUUACCGAUAUGUAGUUCGCUUGGGACAGCGCGUUUCAGAUCUUGCCCCACGUGCGGGCACGUGCGUUUGUCGGCUGCAUGCCGAUUUAGUGUUUACAGUCGUGGGUCGUAUGGUAAGAGCGCUCCGAUUGGUUGGUGACAGACUGGAUUAGCCAGUGGCUGCACUGUUUAGACGUGUUGACCCAGAGGUUACGUGUCCUUGCGAGUAUAUAAGAGAUAGGCACGAAUGCUCUCAUUGUAUUGCAUGAUUGGGAAGAUCAUUACAGAUGAGGGAGAUCACACCAAAUUACUGUGUUCGGAGGUCGAACAUUUCCCCAAUCCCUAGUGAUUUUAGGCAAUAAAGAUCUAAAUUCUGUGGCAACUUUAGAAUUACUGGGUAAAUUGUUAGAAAGCUGGGUUGGACGGGUGGAUUUAAGCAGGAAAUAAUGUCAGCUAUGUGAUGUAGCUACAUAGACCAAUUGUGUUUGGAGGUUUGAAAGGGUGGUUUGUUUUCAUAGACUGUGUUAAGGAUGUUGUAGGGAUUAAAGUGGGUUAGUGAGGGGUUUGCUUUAGGCUGCUUUUGAGUUUUAUUUUGAGGGUAUAAGUAGGAUUUUUGAUUAGGAUUGAUUGAUUGAUUGAUUGAUUUGUAAUUGUUGUUGAGUUCGUAUUUAUAUUUUGAUACAGUUGGUUUUUUUUCGUUUUGUUUAUUUUUCUGUAAUAAACCUUUGAAACUUGAUUAUAUUUUGUUGUGAAUCACCUCCCUACAUCCAACGAACUGAGGUUAUAAAGGACAGACAGAGGGACCAUAGACACUUUAUUUUAGUAUUUUCGGCAUUAAUAUCUUCAGAAUAAAAGAAACACAACGCAAAGUCAUGGUGUCUUAAAGUGGCCAAAGUCUGUCCUGUUACAUUUUUGGUGCCGAGACCAGGAUGUAGUGGUAUUGGUGAUUUAUACUGAAAUUAAUUAAUUGAAAUUAAAUUAGGGAUAUUAGUUUAAAAAGGAUAGUUUGUUAAAAUGAAUGCAAGUGAACAGGGUUUUGACUUGUUUAACUUCAGUUUCUUGUCACCUCCCUCUGAAGAUAGUUUUCAUGGUCUUCCAUCUAGACCAGGAGUAUUUACUUCUACCCCUAGACCGAGUGGAUUUACACCAGGGUCGCAAACAUUGAUAGAUGUAGGGAUGAAUGCAUCCAGUGCAAACAUGUUCCCACAAUCAAACUCAGGUUAUCCCUCUUUUUGGGACCAGAAUGUGAUUAUACCUAGGGAUGUGAGUACUCAAGCAGUAGACCACAGCAGAAGGUCUGUUAGAUUUGAUAUACCAGUAGAUGUUAGUGAGGGUGAUAGGUUACCAUAUAGAGUUAACCCCAUUGUAGGAGGAAGCAUUUAUCCUUCUUCACAGAGCAAUCGACAAGUAGAUAGGUUGGAUAGCACACUCUGUUCUGAUUUCAGAGGAAGACAUGGUAGGCCCAGAGAAGGAACCUCCUCACGUUUUCUUUCUGAUGGCAAUGAAAGAAUACCCAGCAGAAAUUUUAAAAUGACUAGAAGGGAAAAACAACCUGACACUUUCGAUGGUAAAACUAGUGACUGGCAGGAUUACAUGGUGCAUUUUGAGCAGGUCACCAACUGGAAUGGUUGGAAUGAGCAGGAGAAGGCUCAACAGCUCUCAAUGAGUUUACGGGGGGCAGCUCAAAAGAUGCUAAGCAGUUUAACCUUUGGGCAGUUGGGUGAUUAUAAUGCCAUCAGAAAUGUCCUUCAACAAAGGUUUAAUCCCAGGGAAAGGAGUGUUGCCUAUCGAUGUGAGUUUCGAAACAGGAGGCAAGAAAAAGAUGAAUCAGUCACUGAUUAUGGUUAUCAAUUGCGUAGGCUAGCCCUUUUGGCUUACCCGGAAGUGCCAUACAUGGCUCUAGAGAUGCAGAUCAUAGACCAAUUUGUCAAUGGGCUAACCUCAUUUGAAAUGAAAAAGAAAGUGACCUUUAGCCAUCCACACACUCUGGAUGAGGCCAUUUCUUCCGCACUAGAAUACGAAGCAAUGGAAGGCAAUAGGGCUAGAAAACCUGUAGAAGGGAAAGUUAGUGUUGUUCAAAGCUCACCUGAUCAAGAACAUAGGGAAAAAAGGAACAGUGAGGUAGGACUAGGUGACAUUUUGAAACUGAUAGAAGAGAAGUUUAAAACUCUCGAGGGUUCGAAUGGUCAGUCUAGGCUCAGACAAAAAGGUUGUUUCUAUUGUCAGGAGAAAGACCACUUUAGGGACUAUUGUCCAAAACUGCUGGCGAAAUUAACUAAGAACUUAGCACUAACAGAGCAGACCGAAGGUAGAUCGGAAAACAUAUAGAGGCUGAAGUAGAGGCCGUUGCUUCAGCCACUUGUCAGUCGAUAAAGAGGCCAUGUGCUGAGUUAGAGGUUGUGAGCCAAGUGGAGCAAGUUCCACUCCUACCAAAUAUUAGUAUUACAACAGAAGUUUCUUCAGUUGAUCAGGAAAAAGUACCUAUUAGUCUUCGGAAUGUGCAGGGCGAUCCUAAUUGCCUGUAUAUGGAUAUCCUUUUGAACAAAGGCUAUUGUAGUACUUUGAUUGAUACAGGUUCACCUAUUUCUCUACUUUCUCAUGCUGACUUUAGAAGGUUGGGGUUCGGGGACUCGUUGCUCGUCCAAACGAACAUCAACCUCACUACUGCUAAUGGAAAGGAUAUAGAUGUCAAGGGGCAGUUUAUGGUUCAGUUUAGCUCGGGACGUUCAAGUUUUGAACAGAGUUUUGUGGUUGCUGACCUUGACAAGUUAUCUGGAAUCCUGGGCAUGGGCUUUUUGGAGAAAUAUAGGGGAGAAAUCAAAAUUGUUAAGCAGGAAUUGAAAACCUGCAAAGGCAAGAUUAAACUGCACAAACUGAAGACUUACAACUGUUCGCGAGUUAGAGUGACAGAAAGAACCAAAAUCCCAGCCCAUUCCGAGAAAAUGAUAUUUUGUAAAGCUGAUACCGGUGUAAUUGAACCUAAUAAGUACUGGCGGAAUAAGGGUCUUUUUGUCGCAAGGAGUUUGGUUCGGUCAGACAGAGAGCACUUGGUGAUAUCGGUACUGAAUUUUAGUGGAAAAGGGGUGAACUUGGAACCAGAUGGUGAAGACGGCCAUCCCGGGUCCCAGAUCCAAAGAGCUUCUAAGGGAUCUGGAAUCAAUACAGGUGACCUGAAAGUUUGACCUGAUAGUUUGACAGGGGAGAAUUGUAUUGUAUAGACUGAAAAGGGCAGUAUUAUCAUUAUACAAUAACUAGUCAAGGCUCUGGAUAUGAAAUAUAUGUAUCACAACACUUUGUUCAAAAUGUAAUUAUCAAAAUUCACUUCAAAGUAAAAUCGUUUGAAUGGAUUCCAAUUUUGACACAAGCCCUACAAAAAUACAAAUUAUUUUCAAAUUCAAUUUUUAUGCGUGAUGUACAAGACAACAAAGUGUUGAUCCAUAAUAGUUUGAUAUCUAACUAAAGUUGAGAUGUGAAAUGUGUUUGUGAAAUGAUACAUAUCAAUACAGCUUACCUUAGAAUUGGUGUCUUUGAGUUGGAUGUCACUAUGAACAGAUGCAUUGGUUAAUCAUAUCCCAGAACAUGGCCCAUGGCAACAAGCUUGUUGAAACCUUGUUGCUUAAACAAUAGGGAUUGUCAAAACACAGCAUACAUCAUAUGAGAUAAGUGCUAUGACAAAGCAGCAGCAUGAAGCUAAAUAUUGUUUGUUUCUAGUGUGUCUCAAGGCACAAUGAUUUUUCUAUUUGCUCUUUGACGCUGCACUCAGCAAUAUUCUAGCAAUAUGACAGCAGUCUGUCAUUAAUUGAGUCUGGACCAGACAUCAUGAGCAUCGAUGUAUUCAAUUUGGAUAUUCUGCCCACCCGAUCCCAUUACUUGCCACUUAUGACAAGCAUGGGUUGCUGAAGGCUAUUCUAACCCGGAUCUUGACAGGUUGACACUCAUGAAGAUGUUAAGGUGUACGCUUUGGGAUGUAGUGUCACCUGAAGAUCCGGGGUAAAAUAGAUCUUCAGCAGCCCCUUGCUUGUUGUAAAAAGCGACUAUGCUAUACUAGUCUUAAGAGGCAAUUAAUGGGAUAUUGUGGUCAGACUCGCUGACUUGGUUGAUGCAUGUGUAGAAAUAUUGAAAUUUCCUCUGAUUAUGUAGGAUAGAUGGUAGCAUUUACGUGGUUAAUAGCUCCUUACCGAUAUGUAGUUCGCUUGGGACAGCGCGUUUCAGAUCUUGCCCCACGUGCGGGCACGUGCGUUUGUCGGCUGCAUGCCGAUUUAGUGUUUACAGUCGUGGGUCGUAUGGUAAGAGCGCUCCGAUUGGUUGGUGACAGACUGGAUUAGCCAGUGGCUGCACUGUUUAGACGUGUUGACCCAGAGGUUACGUGUCCUUGCGAGUAUAUAAGAGAUAGGCACGAAUGCUCUCAUUGUAUUGCAUGAUUGGGAAGAUCAUUACAGAUGAGGGAGAUCACACCAAAUUACUGUGUUCGGAGGUCGAACAUUUCCCCAAUCCCUAGUGAUUUUAGGCAAUAAAGAUCUAAAUUCUGUGGCAACUUUAGAAUUACUGGGUAAAUUGUUAGAAAGCUGGGUUGGACGGGUGGAUUUAAGCAGGAAAUAAUGUCAGCUAUGUGAUGUAGCUACAUAGACCAAUUGUGUUUGGAGGUUUGAAAGGGUGGUUUGUUUUCAUAGACUGUGUUAAGGAUGUUGUAGGGAUUAAAGUGGGUUAGUGAGGGGUUUGCUUUA